CUAACUUCAAAAAUUCUUAUCUUCACGACUACGCUUCUGUCUUUACUUCCUCUCUCAACGUACGUAGACAGAAAAAAACAAAACAUCAUGACAGAAAAAUCUGCAGAACUCGUUCGUUUGAACGAACUCAAGGCUUUUGUAUCGACAAAAGCAGGUGUGAAAGGACUUGUCGAUACCAAAAUAACCGAAGUUCCUCGAAUCUUCCAUAUCCCUUCUUCUUCAACUUUAUCUAACAACAAACCUUCUGAUAUCUUUGGCUUAAACCUCACUGUCCCAAUCAUUGACCUCGGAGAUGGUAACACAUCUGCUGCAAGAAACGUCCUCGUUUCCAAGAUUAAAGAAGCAGCUGAGAAUUGGGGAUUUUUCCAAGUAAUCAAUCAUGGUAUUCCUUUAACUGUUCUUAAAGAUAUCAAACAAGGUGUUCGAAGAUUUCAUGAGGAAGAUCCAGAGGUCAAGAAACAGUAUUUUGCUACAGAUUUCAAUACAAGAUUUGCUUACAACACCAACUUCGAUAUUCAUUAUUCUUCUCCUAUGAAUUGGAAAGACUCUUUCACUUGCUACACUUGUCCUCAAGAUCCUCUAAAGCCAGAGGAAAUCCCACUAGCUUGCAGGGAUGUUGUGAUUGAAUACUCGAAGCAUGUAAUGGAAUUAGGAGGUUUACUCUUCCAACUUCUCUCAGAAGCUUUAGGUUUAGACUCUGAGAUUCUUAAGAACAUGGAUUGUCUCAAGGGUUUGCUUAUGCUCUGCCAUUAUUAUCCACCUUGUCCACAACCUGACCUAACUUUGGGCAUAAGUAAACACACCGACAAUUCCUUCAUAACAAUUCUUCUUCAAGAUCAAAUCGGUGGUCUUCAAGUUCUUCAUCAAGAUUCUUGGGUUGAUGUAACUCCUGUUCCUGGAGCUCUUGUCAUCAGUAUCGGUGAUUUCAUGCAGGCAAGCUCGAUUGAUGCUUCCUUUUAACUCAAAACAGAGUCUUUCUUUAUCAAUACACUUGAGUCAUUUUGUUUUGCAGCUGAUCACAAACGAUAAGUUCUUAAGUAUGGAGCAUAGGGUACGGGCAAACAGAGAUGGACCGCGGAUUUCAGUUGCUUGCUUCGUUAGCUCGGGAGUGUUUCCAAAUUCCACUGUUUAUGGACCGAUAAAAGAGCUUCUUUCUGAUGAAAACCCUGCAAAGUACAGAGACAUCACUAUACCAGAAUACACUGUAGGAUACCUAGCAAGCAUCUUCGAUGGAAAAUCGCAUUUGUCUAAGUUCCGGAUAUGAAGAAAUUACUUGUAUGGCUUAGUUAAAAACAGAUAUGUGUGUUUUGCUGCUCUCUUCUCGCUCGAGAGGACAUCAACUAUUUUGUUAAUAAGAAAGAAUUUUUUAC